AGUCUGGCCCGAGUUAGCUAGAGCUGUUGCCAUGACAAGCAUUUUCUUAAGAAAGCUCUGCUGUUGAGAUUGUCCAACGCUGGGGGCUGGGAGGGGGGCACGAACUUCCUGGGGAACCAUCCUCUGAAGAGAGCAAGAUCAGAGACACCCGUCUAGCUCUCCUGCACCCUUUUUCUUUCAGGAACCUGAGAGGUCCUUCCCAUUGGAAGGGCAGGGGGAGGAGACCCAGCCCACUCCCCGGCCUUAGCCGGAGAGGCAAGAGAGCAAAGCCAGCGUCUCCAGCUUGGUUGCCACACUGGGGAGUCUGGUGGGUGGUCACCCCACCCAACCCCCAUCCAUGGAAACCCAGAGGGAGAGUCCCGCUUGGAGAAACCUGGAUCUUUGCUAGAAAGAGAGAAUAUGGAAAGCCACAGCAGCCCCAAGACAGACAGUCUAUGUAGUCCAAGGGAGUGCAUAUACGAAAUACUUGAAUGCUGCUGCCGGAGGGCUGCGUCCUGUCUGCGGCCUAGAAGCUUCCUGCCGCAGCUCUGAGGAGUGAGAAGCAGUUAUCCUUGCUAACUCUUAUCCUGAGUGAACGGGGCCACGAGAGGCUGCCAGUACCCCUUUUGUUAAACAACAGACCUUCCAGAUGGCGUUGUCACUUCCACCUGAAGGUGGCUCUUGUCCUCCUUAAACAACUGAAGGAAAUGAGAUCCAGUUGUCAUCAGUAUCCAGGAAGCUCUCCUCUUCCUCCUCCUGACGCCUCUCUACCACUACAGUUGCUGGUUGUUGCUAAGGUUGCUGCCAUGGUAACAUGCACAUCCUGUUUACACCUUCAUCUGGGCAAGUUGGUCUAAGUAGGAACCUACCUACCCUGGACAACCACUAUCAUCACCACCUGGGGACACCAAUCAACGUGACACGGAGUCCACCUUUCCACUCAGUUCCCCCAUCCUCUUCCUCCUCUCACUGCCAGAUUUCAUACAGAAGAAAGGAUCUAGACUUCGGACAGCUACUCGGGAGCUUAUUGCACAAGAUACAUUCGAUCUGUUCCCUCACUGGGCCCCCAGAGAAGCAGGAAUUAGGAAGAAGUUGAGACAGGAAGGCAGGAGACACUGGUCAAUUGAAGGGAAACACUACAUCUUCUCUGGUUGAAGGGCUUGGUAACAGCAGGCAAAAUGACGAACCCAUCAGACCGUGUCUUGCCUGCCAACUCGAUGGCCGAGAGCCGUGAAGGGGACUUUGGCUGCACAGUAAUGGAACUGAGGAAGCUCAUGGAGCUGCGUUCGAGGGAUGCUCUGACCCAGAUUAACGUCCACUAUGGAGGUGUACAGAAUCUCUGCAGUAGACUGAAAACCUCCCCUGUGGAAGGUCUAUCUGGGAACCCUGCAGAUCUGGAGAAACGUAGGCAGGUGUUCGGACACAACGUGAUCCCCCCCAAAAAGCCCAAGACCUUCUUAGAAUUAGUGUGGGAAGCCCUUCAAGAUGUCACACUCAUCAUCCUGGAGAUUGCAGCCAUCAUCUCCCUGGUCCUGUCCUUUUAUCGCCCUGCUGGUGAAGAAAAUGAACUGUGUGGUCAAGUCGCAACUACCCCAGAAGAUGAAAAUGAGGCACAAGCUGGCUGGAUUGAGGGGGCAGCCAUCCUUUUCUCAGUGAUCAUCGUGGUGUUAGUGACUGCCUUUAAUGAUUGGAGCAAAGAGAAGCAAUUCCGUGGGCUGCAGAACCGCAUUGAACAGGAGCAAAAGUUCUCCAUCAUCCGAAAUGGUCAACUCAUCCAGCUCCCCGUGGCUGAGAUUGUGGUUGGUGAUAUUGCCCAAGUCAAAUACGGUGAUCUGCUGCCUGCAGAUGGGAUCCUGAUCCAAGGGAAUGAUCUGAAGAUUGAUGAGAGCUCUCUGACAGGGGAAUCUGACCAUGUCAAGAAGUCCCUGGACAAAGACCCCAUGUUGCUCUCAGGGACCCAUGUCAUGGAAGGUUCUGGCCGGAUGGUGGUGACGGCUGUUGGUGUCAACUCUCAGACUGGAAUCAUCCUUACUCUCUUGGGGGUCAAUGAGGAUGACGAAGGGGAGAAGAAGAAGAAAGGUAAAAAGCAAGGAGUCCCUGAAAAUCGCAACAAAGCAAAGACCCAAGAUGGAGUGGCCCUGGAAAUCCAGCCACUCAAUAGCCAGGAGGGAAUCGACAAUGAAGAAAAAGACAAGAAGGCAGUCAAGGUGCCUAAAAAGGAGAAGUCAGUGCUGCAGGGCAAGCUGACUCGCCUGGCUGUUCAGAUUGGGAAAGCUGGUCUACUCAUGUCUGCUCUCACAGUUUUCAUCCUGAUUCUAUACUUCGUGAUUGACAACUUUGUGAUAAAUCGCAGACCAUGGCUCCCUGAGUGUACUCCGAUCUACAUCCAGUACUUUGUCAAGUUCUUCAUCAUCGGCGUCACUGUACUGGUGGUGGCUGUGCCAGAGGGGCUGCCUCUGGCUGUCACCAUCUCACUGGCCUACUCUGUGAAGAAAAUGAUGAAAGACAAUAACCUGGUGCGGCACUUGGAUGCUUGUGAGACCAUGGGCAAUGCCACCGCCAUCUGCUCUGAUAAGACAGGCACGUUGACCAUGAACCGCAUGACUGUGGUACAGGCUUAUAUUGGGGGCAUCCAUUACCGUCAAAUCCCAAGCCCUGAUGUCUUCCUGCCCAAAGUCCUGGACCUCAUUGUCAAUGGCAUUUCUAUCAACAGCGCUUAUACCUCCAAGAUUCUGCCUCCAGAGAAGGAGGGAGGCCUGCCUCGGCAGGUGGGCAACAAGACCGAGUGUGCCCUGCUAGGCUUUGUCACAGAUCUGAAGCAGGAUUACCAGGCUGUGCGUAAUGAAGUGCCCGAGGAGAAGCUCUACAAGGUGUACACCUUCAAUUCAGUGCGCAAGUCAAUGAGCACCGUCAUCAGGAAUCCCAGCGGUGGCUUCCGUAUGUACAGCAAGGGCGCCUCUGAGAUCAUCUUGCGCAAGUGUAAUCGAAUCCUGGACCGGAAAGGGGAAGCAGUGCCAUUCAGGAAUAAAGACAGAGAUGAUAUGAUACGCACUGUCAUCGAGCCCAUGGCCUGUGACGGACUCCGGACUAUCUGCAUAGCUUACCGGGAUUUCAAUGACGCAGAGCCCUCUUGGGACAAUGAGAAUGAGAUCCUCACUGAACUGACCUGUAUCGCUGUGGUGGGCAUUGAGGACCCUGUGCGCCCAGAGGUGCCAGAUGCUAUUGCCAAAUGCAAACAAGCUGGCAUUACUGUCAGAAUGGUGACAGGUGACAACAUCAACACAGCCCGGGCCAUUGCCACCAAAUGUGGCAUUCUGACACCUGGGGAUGACUUCCUGUGCUUAGAAGGCAAAGAAUUCAACCGGCUUAUCCGCAACGAGAAAGGCGAGGUAGAGCAAGAAAAGCUGGACAAGAUCUGGCCUAAGCUUCGGGUCCUGGCGCGAUCUUCUCCCACUGACAAGCACACCCUGGUGAAAGGCAUCAUUGACAGCACUGUUGGGGAACAGCGGCAGGUCGUGGCUGUCACUGGUGAUGGCACAAAUGACGGACCUGCUCUGAAGAAAGCAGAUGUUGGUUUUGCCAUGGGCAUCGCAGGCACAGAUGUAGCAAAGGAGGCUUCAGACAUCAUCCUAACAGAUGACAACUUCACCAGCAUUGUGAAGGCAGUGAUGUGGGGACGAAACGUCUAUGACAGCAUCUCCAAGUUCCUGCAGUUCCAACUCACUGUCAACGUGGUGGCCGUGAUUGUAGCCUUCACUGGAGCCUGUAUCACUCAGGAUUCCCCACUGAAAGCUGUGCAGAUGUUGUGGGUUAAUCUAAUCAUGGACACUUUUGCUUCAUUGGCCCUGGCCACAGAGCCCCCUACAGAAUCUCUGUUGAAGCGGCGCCCCUAUGGCCGAAAUAAGCCUCUGAUAUCACGCACUAUGAUGAAGAACAUCUUGGGCCAUGCAUUCUAUCAGCUCCUUGUCAUCUUUAUCCUUGUCUUUGCGGGUGAGAAAUUCUUUGAUAUUGAUAGUGGGAGGAAGGCACCUCUACAUUCACCACCCACCCAGCACUAUACCAUUGUUUUUAACACCUUCGUGCUGAUGCAGCUCUUCAAUGAAAUCAACUCCCGAAAGAUCCAUGGAGAGAAGAACGUCUUUUCAGGCAUCUACCGCAACAUUAUCUUCUGCUCUGUAGUCUUGGGCACAUUCAUCUGCCAGAUUUUCAUCGUGGAAUUUGGGGGUAAACCCUUCAGUUGUACAAGCCUCAGCCUGUCCCAGUGGUUGUGGUGUCUCUUCAUUGGGAUUGGAGAACUUCUGUGGGGCCAGUUCAUCUCCGCAAUACCUACCCGAUCCCUGAAGUUCCUGAAGGAGGCUGGGCAUGGCACCACCAAAGAGGAGAUCACCAAGGAUGCUGAGGGGCUGGAUGAGAUUGACCAUGCUGAGAUGGAGCUGCGCCGAGGCCAGAUCCUCUGGUUCCGGGGCCUGAACCGUAUCCAGACUCAGAUCAAAGUGGUCAAAGCGUUCCAUAGUUCCCUCCAUGAAACCAUUCAGAAACCCUACAACCAAAACUCCAUCCACAACUUCAUGACCCACCCUGAAUUCGCCAUAGAUGAGGAGUUGCCGCGAACACCACUCCUGGAUGAGGAAGAGGAGGAAAAUCCUGACAAGGCUUCUAAGUUUGGGACUGGGGUGCUCCUGUUGGAUGGUGAGGUCACUCCAUACGCCAAUACAAACAACAAUGCGGUGGAUUGCAACCAAGCGCAGCUCCCACAGUCGGACAGCUCUCUACAGAGCCUAGAGACAUCGGUUUGAAUUUUCUUUCUCUGACUCUCAUCCCUGUUUUCCCUAUUUCCAUUUUCGCCUGUCCCAUCUACGAGGUGAUGAUGGGACUUUUCAUCGUCAUGUCAACUGCUGUGUAAACAGCAGUGUGUGUGAACCCCCACCUGACCACGAAGAGCACAGACUUGCAAGGAUUUCAACUUAAGUUUGACUUGGGGUUUGUAGUGGGGCCCAGUCAAACCCCAGGCAGGUCAUGGUAGAAUUUACUCCUUGAUAGUCACUUGUCAUUUUUAAAGAAAUGAUGACAAUCCUCUUGGCAUCACCCCACCCCAC